AAGGCGGCACUUCUUGCAUCAUGGCCGAAGUUGGUGAUGAAAACGAAUUGUUGGACUACGAAGAGGAGGAGACAGAAACCCCAGCUGAAGCGCAGGCGACCAAAGAUCUGGCAAAGAAAGAUGUUAAGGGUACCUACGUCAGUAUCCACAGUUCUGGCUUCAGAGAUUUUCUCUUGAAACCAGAACUUCUUCGGGCCAUCGUUGACUGCGGAUUCGAACAUCCUUCAGAAGGUAUAGAAAGCCUACAAUAAUUUACGUUGUUGCUAUAUUUCAGUUGCAAAAACCGAAUUCCCUUUCCAGAAAGGUUUUUUGUGUCUUUCGUCCUUUGAGUAUUUUUAUUUUCCCUUCGAUGUGUAAGGUGAUAGAAAAGUCUCGGCUUAUUAAAAAUGUAGCCAGUUACUGUUUGAAAUGAAUAUUAAUGAGAUAAUUUAUUAUCAGAAAAUGCUAUGAUCUUUUGUUGUGAGAUCCAUUACCCAUGUUUGGCCCAAGACUAGUUAGCGUUUCCAUGAUGGAAAAAGAAAUGAAAUCACAUCUUUUGAGAACUCAUAUUGGACAAACAGGAAAGACCACAAGGAAAUCCUGUAGAUUACUGCAUGCAUGUAUUAGGUAAUAACUCGUUGCAUCUACAGUAUUUGCAAGGUUUUUUUUUACAAGAUGUUCCCUUCUUUUUCACAGUUCAGCAUGAGUGUAUUCCACAAGCAAUCCUGGGCAUGGAUAUUAUCUGCCAGGCCAAAAGUGGAAUGGGGAAAACAGCAGUGUUUGUUCUUGCAACGCUUCAGCAGCUAGAGCAAAUUGAUGGCCAAGUCAGUGUGUUGGUUAUGUGCCACACACGAGAGUUGGCCUUCCAGAUCUCUAAAGAGUAUGAAAGGUUUUCUAAAUACAUGAAUAACAUCAAAGUUUCAGUGUUUUUUGGCGGCAUCAGCAUCAAGAAGGACCAGCAGACCUUGAAAACCAACUGCCCACAUAUUGUUGUGGGUACCCCAGGCAGAAUAUUGGCACUGGCACGAGAGAAGUCAUUAAAUCUCAAGCAUAUCAAGCACUUUAUCCUUGAUGAGUGCGACAAGAUGUUAGAACAGCUUGGUAAGUGUUACAAUCCUUCCCUCAGCAGCUCCUCCCUAGAGUUGUAGUUGAAGUUGAUUUGUUCUGGGGUGUUGUUAGUCUCUUUUCCUUAAGCCUUGGAAGGGUUUAAAUUCCUUGGGGGAAACAUUUUUAACUUUCUUUGAUUAGAUUACCCUCUGUUGCUAAAUACUUCCUCAAUUCUUGAACAGCUGCUAUCCAUGCAUUUAUAUUUGAACUUUCAAAAGCUGUAUGUUUAAAAUAGGGUAGGGAAGGGAGCAAAAUACCAGCACAAUAAUUAGUGGAGGUGCUCUCAAACCAUUACCCCUUGAUAACCCAAGAAAUCACCCUGCUCUUGAAGUCCACUGAUCAGUGUUGUCUCAAGUUCUACCUUGCUCUUAUUGCAUUUAGCCUUAGGUCUAGGACUAAGGUGAAUAGUAUUAGUGAUAGUAUUGAUUAAUCUUCUACUGUUUCAUCUUUCAGAUAUGCGAAGAGAUGUGCAAGAGGUGUUCCGCAUGACUCCACAUGAGAAGCAAGUCAUGAUGUUCAGUGCAACACUAGCCAAAGAGAUCCGCCCUGUCUGCAAGAAAUUUAUGCAAGAUGUAAUUAUACCUCCUAAGUUCCAUUGUGAAGUCUGUUGUUGAGCAUUCAUUACCCUCAUGAAGGAGGUGAUGGAGAAGCAGCUGUAAGGCUGAUUGGCAAUUAUUGGCACUUCCUUGCAGCAGAGUUGUUUGGCUUGUUUCUGUUGGCUGGCUUUUGGACUUUUUUUUUUCCCUAAUGAUGGAAUGAGGGCUUAAUAGAUGGUUUUUUAGUGAAUAAGCUUGUUUGGAGCAUGUUUCUGGGUGUUAGGAAAGUUGUAUUAGCCAAUAAAGUUGUGGUCAGUUGUGUCGGUUUGUGUGCAAGUUGAUUUGGUCAUUCCUGGUUAUUAGCAGUGGGUCAUUCAUUGGUUUGUAUUGUACAGUCUGUGUCUAGGGUUAUUUGAUGAUGGUUGUAUGUUUGGCUUGAAAAAAUUGAGGUGGUUCUUUGUUGCAAAUGUGUCUCUCUGCUUGGAGGUGCCAUUGUUGCUUGUCACUAUACCUUGGUUCAGUGAAGGAAUGUUCGUGGUCAAACCUUCAGAAGUCUUGAUCAUGAAGUGUAGCAAGCUAGCUCAAGCAGGAGCAGCAGCCAUUACACCAAGUCAACUGCCUCAUCUGAUGUCAGUUGGUUUCCUCUCCUUCAAGUUCCCAGCCCCACAAGCUGUAACUAAUUGGAUUGUGUGACGUGUUUGUGUUGUUCUUUUCUCAUGUCAGAUCAAACCUUUGGUAGUUUAAAUAACUUUUGUCAUUGUUGUGUAUGUGUAUUUGUCUGUAUAAGGUGCCUAUUGUGGGUUUUUUUGGGUGUUUUGUUUUGUUUUGAUUUUUUUCAAGGAAGAUUUGUUGGUGACAUGUUACAAUGCCCAAGAGUGCAUUAGGUUUUUCUUAUAGUUUAAAUUACUAUGUAGUAUGCUCUUAAGUACACAGAGGUUGAUCACUUUGAUAUUAUUAGGGAAUCAAUCUGUUUUUUAAGCUCCAUUUUACAUAGUAAUUGUCGUAAAUGUGAAUUUGUUUUGUUGGGGUUGGUUUUUUGUCUUUACUUCCCCUUGGAUGUCAUAGUAUUUUUUCCAACUCCCUCUUGUGGUAAAGAAUGUUGUUCUGUUCUCUUAAUUAAACAGCCAAUGGAAGUUUAUGUUGAUGAUGAGACAAAACUCACCUUGCACGGCCUGCAACAGUACUAUGUCAAACUCAAGGAUCAGGAGAAGAACAGAAAGCUUUUCGACCUUUUAGAUGUAUUAGAGUUCAACCAGGUAUCUAGAUGUAGUUAUAGUCAUUUGAGGAGCUGCUGUAGUGAGAGGAGGACUCGGAUCCAAAUUGGAUGCAAAAGUGUCAUGAGAGAAUACCAAUUUUGGAAAGAUAUCAUUAAAAAAAUCAUUACAAGAAACCAAGUCAGCAUUGGAUUCCGAGACUAACAUUACACCAUGAAAUUGAGUAAUACUCAUUCAAGAUCAAACUUUGUCACUCAAAACUGCUUUCCCCAAAAGUGUGUUGUGAAUAUUUUUCAAGAAUAGGGUUUCAGAUUUGCAUUAUCAGUAGAGUUCAGAUAAAACAAAGCAGAAGCUUUGGUGUGGAAAAUAGGGCUUCUUAUGGGGAAGUUCUUAAUAAAGACUGAACAAUAUUAUAGCAUUACACUUUAUGGUUAAUAUCAGAGAUUUCUAAUUAACAAGUUGUGGUUAUUUUUGGAACAUUUGUUUUUUGAUGUUGGUUUUGAAGUUUAUCUGGGCUUUUUGUGAUGGACAACUUAAAUGCUUAUACUAUUUGCAUUUGGGUCAUCUUUGAUCAAAGCUUUGACCUUCCACUUAACAGCUGUGUCCAUGUUUUCUGUUGUUUCUCUAUGGAGUAUUGACCUAGUGUAAAUGAACUUUUACAGGUGAUCAUCUUUGUCAAGUCAGUGCAGCGCUGCAUUGCCCUUGCUCAGUUGCUGAUUGAGCAGAACUUCCCAGCAAUUUGUAUCCAUAGAGGAAUGGAACAAGAAGAAAGGUGAGUGCCAGUCAUUAUGCAGUAAGUGAUUUUUUUGUUUUAGUUGCCCCAAUUUACAACCAAAUGAUGGUUUUGGAAGUUAAAAAAUAUGACGACUUGAAUAGGUACUUUUUUCCCCAUUUAUAUACACAGAAAAGAUACUAUGGUGAGGAUCAAACUACCUCCUAAGUUUUGAUACUUUGUUUCCUUGUGGAGCCACCCUGUAUUUCUUUUCUCUGUUAGGUUGAAGCAAGUUUAAAAAAACUGUGUCUGAGUUAUAUUUAUUUCUUCAUUCUAACCAUAAGUUAACUUUGGAAUUUUGACCCUUAUACAAAUUUUUUUUUAUUGAAUACUUUGUUGUCAUUUGCAGAUUGUCUCGCUACAAACAGUUUAAAGAUUUCUCCAAGAGAAUGCUGGUAGCCACCAAUCUGUUUGGUCGUGGAAUGGAUAUAGAAAGAGUUAACAUUGUGUUUAACUAUGACAUGCCAGAGGAUUCGGACACCUACCUUCACAGGGUUUGUUAGCAAGAAUAUAUCCUUCGUGUGCAAGCCAACUUUUUCCUACUAUAACUUGCUCUAGGAUUGUACUGCUGUUCAAGCUUAAUUAUAUCUUGGAGAAUGUAUUGUUUUUCAUUUUGAUGAUUUCCUCCUUAAAGGUUGCUAGAGCUGGACGUUUUGGCACCAAAGGUCUUGCCAUCACCUUUGUCUCAGAUGAAAAAGAUGCUAAGAUAUUGAAUGAAGUCCAAGAUCGCUUUGAAGUAAAUGUAGGAGAACUCCCAGAGGAGAUUGACCUUUCAACAUACAGUAGGUGUUAAAGUUUCAGUGUGGAAGUUUUACUCUAAACAUUGUUUUUUGCAGCUGUUCAAUUGGAUACAACUGAUUUCUUUAAAAAGGAGAAUUUAAGAGGCCUUUAGUAAAAUUUCAAACAUUUGGCAAUGUCGCAGGAAUUUUAUGUAGACAACAUGUAGGCUGCUAGUUUAAGAUCUUCUAUUUUAUAAUUACUGAACUUGAAGGAAAUCUAAUGGUACAGGGUUUAAACAGGUUUUCUUUCUGUUUUUCCUUUGCAGUUGAACAUGUACGUUGAAUUGAUGAAAGUCACUCAUAAGUGCAGGAUCUUGUAAAUUAAUAGCAUAAGAAGUACCAAGGA